AUGUGUUUACACGGUGUCUAUGGAGCCUGGGAAAAGGCAUUGGAGCCUUUGGAACUGGACUUAGAGGCUGUUAUAAACUGCUGUAUGGGCUUCAAAUAUGAUGCCUCUCUUCAGUUGGAUUCUGGCAGCAAUGCAGUGGUUCAUUUCUUCUGUAGCUCUCUCUUUCUUCCUUUCACUUCUGGAAACAUAGCCACUGGUGUCUGCAGUGGUGUCCUCAAGGUGGUCAAUGACAGGAAAGUUCUCAAGUCCUCGACACUGGGAGUGAAGGAACACGUGAAGGCAUGCCUUCAUGCCUUCUGCCUGAGUGAGGAUAAGACCAACCUGGAGGAGCGCAGCACGCGCCUGGUAGGAGAUGUGGGACGGACUGUGGAAGACCCCUACAUCACUUUUGUCAAGGUUCUGACAGAUAAGGACUGCUGCUGUGCUCUCUAUGAUGCAACCUACAAGACCAAGGAGAGCAAGCAGGAGGCCCUGCUGUGUAUCUUCCAGGCCCCGAAGAAUGCACCCCUUAAGAGCAAAAUGUUCUCUGCCAGCUCUAAGGAUGGCAUGAAGAAGAAAAUGACAGGAAUAUAA